GGCUUGCUCCGCGGCCGCAGGCGCUGACGUGGCUGCCGUCAGAGCCGCCAUCUUGUGGGAGCGCAACCAACGCCUGGCUCGGAGCGGCCGCCGCCGAGGUCUCUGGCUGUUGCAGCUUCCACUUGUCCACAAGCAUGGGGAACAUCUUUGCAAACCUCUUUAAGGGCCUUUUCGGCAAAAAGGAAAUGCGCAUCCUCAUGGUGGGUCUGGAUGCUGCAGGGAAGACGACAAUUCUGUACAAGCUGAAGCUCGGUGAGAUCGUGACCACCAUUCCCACUAUAGGUUUCAACGUGGAGACUGUUGAAUAUAAGAACAUCAGCUUCACAGUGUGGGAUGUAGGUGGCCAGGACAAGAUUCGGCCACUGUGGCGCCACUACUUCCAAAACACCCAAGGCUUGAUCUUUGUGGUGGACAGCAAUGACAGAGAACGUGUGAAUGAGGCGCGGGAGGAGCUCAUGAGAAUGCUGGCUGAGGAUGAGCUGCGGGACGCAGUCCUCCUAGUGUUUGCCAACAAGCAGGACCUCCCGAAUGCCAUGAAUGCAGCUGAAAUCACAGACAAGCUGGGGCUGCACUCGCUACGCCACAGGAACUGGUACAUUCAGGCAACCUGUGCCACCAGCGGGGAUGGGCUCUAUGAAGGACUGGACUGGCUGUCCAAUCAGCUCCGGAACCAGAAGUGAAUAAGAACCCCCUCCCACUUCCUCCUCUCCACCCUCUGCUUUCCUCUCAUGUGGCAAACGUGUGACUCUGUGGUCCUGAGUGCCAGAAGCUGCCUCCAUGGUGGGUUCCAGUGUGCCUCGCGCCACCUGUCCCUGAGCAGAUGCAGCCUGCAGCCAGGUUCUUAUUUAAUGUAAAUAGUUUGUUUCCACUGAGGCAGUUUCUGGUACUCCUAUGCAAUAUUACUUAGCUUUUUUUUUUUUUUUUUUUUAAUUGUAAAGAAAAUCAACUCACUGUUUAGUACUGAGAAGGGACUGAGGCACAUUGGUACCGGGCCUCCAGGAGUCUGUUUCUGUGUUAAGAGCUGGACUUAACCCCUGGGCACUAGAUCUGUUAAGAUCCCACUUGGUGGUUGGUUUGAAUCCAAACUCAGUGCAUUUUUAAAAAAAGUGUAAAAAUAAAGAUGAGAACAUGUAAACACACAGCAGGGAGGCUGCCUAGUGUGGGGCUUGCAGGAACAGGCCAAGCACCAGUUAACGGGAUCACCUGAAAGAUCCACUCUGCAUGGUCACAAUAGAUCCCUGUGGUCAUCCUGCAUUCCACAGCAUUGUGCUUGUACUUGUGCUUACAUGGUCACCUGGGCAGGGGGCCCCAGGAGGCCACAUGCCCAGCUAUUCCCUCAGGCCCCCCCCCUUGGUAAGCACGCAGCUGGAGCUGGAACAUGUUGUUCCCAGCACCCACUCAUGCACGUGCUGACACGCUAGUCUGGGGUCUCACCAGCAGAAGCACAUGUCAACCAAGGGUCCUACAGCCACAGCCCCUGGAAGCACCCCCAUCUCCAUGUGUGAAGUAGCUUUCUCUCCCUCAGCCUGCAAGGGUCCGAUUUGCCAUCGAAAAAGAUGACCUCUACUUUUUUCUUUUGUAUUUUGAUAAACACUGAAGAAGCUGGAGCUGUUAAAUCUAUCUUGGGAAAACCUCAGAACUGUUUUAUUUGGUGUUGUGGAACCUCUUAACUGCUUUCAAUACACGAUUAGUAAUCAACUGUUUUGUAUACUUGUUUUCAGUUUUCAUUUCGACAAGCACUGUAAUUAUAGCUAUUAGAAUAAAAUCUCUUAACUAUU